AUGGCCUCGCCCUGCACCGGCGAUUCGGACACCACUAGACCUAUACCUGUAGUAUCAGACGACCUAGCCUCUUCAGAGCAUGAGGCGCACACAUCGGACGUUUCUAGCACGGAUGAGGACGACUUCCAGCCCUUCGCACUACCUGACGGGGCUGAUGAGCUUGCCGAUGGCCCUCCCGUUGAGUACCUACCAUUAGUAGAGAUUCCGGCACCUAUACCCUUAGCCGUUUAUCCUGCGUAUGAUUUGCUUCUUGACGCCGAAGCUGACGGCGAUAUUGAUCUGUAUGACGAUGAGCCCAUAGAGGAUGAUGAUCUUCUAGAGGAUGAGAUCCAGGACGCGGCCCUACUUCCUGCUGGCGAUCUUCUGAUGAUCGCUGAUGCUCCCGCCGAGGAUUCGCCUGCGCAUUCUCCGCCCAUGGAGGAUCCAGCUGACCCAGUCGAUCCUAUUGACCUCGAGUUCGAUUUCGAGAUGGCUUUUGAUGACCCCGAGCCUGCCGUCGCUCCUGAGCAGGCAGUUGCUUUAGACCCUAUACUUGAUCAUGACCCCGUGCAUAUUGACAUCCCUAUUGAGCCUGUUCUAGCUGACCCGCCUAUCGAUGAUCACCUUAUGGAUGCUCCAUUGCUGGAGGGUGAUCACGUCGUUGCUGUCGAUCCUGCUGUUCCCCCACCUGUUGUUGAUAUACCUGUUGACCAUCCUGUCGAUCACAUUGCACCCGUUCACCCUAUUGUUGCUUCCCCACCUGAUCCCGAAAUUGAUGAUAAUCCUACGAGAAAUCUACUUAGGAUGGAUUAG